AUGACCGCCAGCGACUACGAUGACCGCCGUAGCGACUACGAUGACCGCCGCGAGCACCACGAUGACCGCCGCAGCGACUACGAUGACCGCCGCAGCGACUACGAUGACCGCCGUAGCAACUACGAUGACCGCAGGAUGACCAGGACGGCCGCUACUCUGACCGCCGUGACCGGUACGACCGUGAUCGUGUCUACGAUGAACGCAGUGACGGCGGACGGUACAGUGAUCGUUAUGAUGAGCCCUACGAUGAUCUCUCUCCUUUUUCUCUCCCUCUUUCAUCCCUGUCUCUCUCUGUGCAACAGGUUUGGGGUGUAUGUUCCCCUGUGUUGCUUCCAUCAGGAGAGUAGGGCCCAGCCAGUGCCUUCAGACUGUAGUUACUCAGACCAGGACCUGUCCCACGGGCCCUUCUUCAGGCCUAAGGACUUCCUAGCGUUACUAAGGGAGAACCUGAGAGAGCAGUUCACCACUCCAGGCCACAUCCCCCACCACACCUGUCCCCAGCCCCCGUCUCCAGAACUCAUCCGCAGCGAGGUGGAAGAACUCCGGAGCGACUUCAACCGUCGCAUCAAGGAAGUUCUCUUCAACUCCCUCUUCAGCGCUUACUACGUAGCCUUCCUCCCCCUCUGCUUCGUCAAGAGUACCCAGUACUAUGACAUGCGCUGGUCCUGUGAGCACCUGAUCAUGGUGUGGAUCAAUGCGUUUGUGAUGCUGAUGAGCCAGCUGUUACCUCCCAGCUACUGUGACCUGCUGCACCGCUCUGCAGCCCACCUGGGGCGCUGGCAGAAGCUGGAGCACGGAUUCUACAGCAACGCGCCACAGCAUGUGUGGUCUGAGAGUACAGUCUGGCCCCAGGGGGUGUUGGUACGUCACAGUCGUAGCCUGUACAAGGCUGUAGGACCCUACAACGUGGCCCUGCCCUCAGACGUCUCCCACGCUAGGUUUUACUUCCUUUUCCACAAGCCGUUGCGGAUCCUGAACCUGUUAAUCUGGAUCGAGUCCAGCGUAGUCCUGUACCAGUUGUACUCCCUGCUCCGCUCUGACAGCUGGAACCACACCCUGUCCCUGGGCCUCAUCCUGUUCUGUAACUACUACGUCCUCUUCAAGCUGCUCCGGGACCGCAUCGUGCUGGGCAAGGCCUACUCCUUCCCUGUUACCUCCAGUACCGGGUCCGGCACCACCAACAGCACCGCCACCAACGGCCUGGGGCUCAAGUCCCAGUGACACCCCAGGAGAGGGUUCUGGAGCUGGGGGACGUGGGUUGGGAUACUCCCUAGCCUCCCUGCCACUAUGGCUGUAAGGAAGGGGUGGAGGUGAGAGAGGGGGUCGGCGUGCAGCAGGAGGGACUGACUGUGAACUCAUAUUGUUUUGAUACUGUUCUAUUUUUCAUGCAAUGUUUAUACCUAUUUAAAUAAUAUUUUAUUUUGUAUACUGUUUUCAAAAGUAACAGGGCAUUACGGUUGUAUUGUCAUGUGAUGUUUGUUGUUGCUUCAUGGUGCAAAGCGAUUGGAUGGGAGAGAGAGAGUUGUGUUCUUGAUGCCAUGAGGCCCCACCCACGUGCUGUGCUAAGCUCUUCCUCCUAUGCUCACCGCGUUCCGACUUCCACCAAAGAUGCUUAAAGAAGGCUCCAGAGCCAAUCAGAUGGCACCGGCGGCCAAUCAAGGAAGAGACUUUGGCUCGGUUGGCCAAUCAAGGAAGCGACUGAGGAGACCCCGCCUCUCCCUGCACACUGCCUCUUUAGAGAACAUAUUCAUCCCUUUACGGUGUUUUAUUAGGUUUCGUAGCAAGACCGUCUGCAGUUUGGCCAUGAGCGCUGACUCUGGUGCCUGUAGAACAUACCCACGUCCCAAAUGGCACCCUAUUCACUACAUAGUGCACCGCUUUUGACCAGAGCCUUAUUGGCCCAGGUUAAAAUUAGUGCACUAUGUAGGGAAUAGGGUAUAAUUUGGGACAGGCCCAAUGUCUUCUUUGCAGUGUCAUGUUCAUUCAGGUCAUUAAUUUACCACAAAUUGCCGCUCUUCAUUUCACUGUGCCUGAGAAGCGAAAAACAUAGAUAUAGUCUGAAUAGAAUGGACACCACCACCGCAACAGAUUGCAUGACCGUUUUUCUAGAUGGGAGACGAACCGCAUUGAAUGUGCAGACGUGUGUAUGUGCUUUACUUUCCAGUGUGUGCUUGAAAUUAAAUUACAAAUGGCACUUGGUAUCUUCAAUGCUACAAGUUGUGCUCAGCUGCUAGCAGUGUUAUUUUAAACAGCUUGCCUUGUUGCCAGUCCCAGAUGACGAUGUGGGAUGGCUUCUAGUGCCAUAACUGUCCACUCAUCCAUUCUAUCUUGUUCCUUUUCUAUGAGCAGCUGAUCUAGAAUGAUUCAUGUUUUAUCAACGUGCCAAAAUCCCAGGUUGCCUGUAUGAUCAUGUUUGUUCACGGGCACGUUCCACCUUGUCUUUUAAUGCAGUCCUGGCGCCUCUCAGCAGAUUGCUAUAUGAAAUGAAUGAUGAAUGUGGUACCUGCGAUGUUGGCAGGAUGACUGCAAUAAAGAUGACCUGGAACGCUAGCUGUGUGUUUAUAUUUUCAGUGGGUGAGGUG